GCUGGGCACGGCAGCUGGAAGUCCAGCUCGGGAGGCACUGUGUCUGUCUGGAAACAGGGCCCCAGGGCUCUUCUGCCCUCUGUGUCCCCACCCAGCUCGUGCAGACACCCCAGAAAGGAGAGGGUGGGGUGGCUCUGGGGAGGAGCACAGGCUGGAGCUACACUUCGCCCUGGGUCCCUGUGGCUGUCCCCAUUCAGGAAGGACCUCCCAGGUCUGGGGGUGGCGCCUGCCAGCUCUGGUUGGAAGUAAGGAAGGCUGGCCCUUUAUGAGGCCUGAGGGCCUUCUCCAAGACCACAGGACUAGGCUAGAAAAGCACAGAUCAAUCUACCUUUGAGCAGCUUCUGCUGCCUGCCCGUUCCCCCCAGCAGCCAAUAGGAUCCUGCCAGCCUGUGACGUGGGGCCUGGGGAAUGCUUGGGGUGGGGUGUGGGGGGGCCUGUCUGAGCUCACCCAAGAUGCUUGCUGGGCCGUCCUACCUGGCUGCCCGCCGGGCUGAGUCAGCCCAUGGUGGCUGGGGGUCCUCCAUGCCUCCCCCACCGUGCCCUGAGCGCUGGUCAGGGAAGCCAGGCCCCCCAGGCUUCAGCUGGGCUGUGGGCACCACAUCUGCCCUUGCUGCAGUGGAAGCGGGGGCUCCUGAGCAGCCCUCCUGGGAAGGGUCCUGGUUCCCACAGACGCCUCCAGAACCUUCACCCAGGCAGGCAGUUGGCUUGGCCCCAGCCUGGUCUGGACGUGUGUCCCUUCCUCCUCUCCCCGCUGGCAUUUGGCCGUCCUCCUGGGCAGCCCCUCCCCCACCUCCCGGGCCCAGGAUGGGCGAGUUUGGGGAGAAGUCGACGACAUGUGGCACCGUCUGCCUCAAGUACCUGCUCUUCACCUUCAACUGCUGCUUCUGGCUGGCUGGUCUGGCCGUCAUGGCCGUGGGCAUCUGGACGCUGGCCCUCAAGAGCGACUACAUCAGCCUGCUGGCCUCGGGCACCUAUCUGGCCACAGCCUACAUCCUGGUGGUGGCGGGCAUUGUCGUCAUGGUGACUGGGGCUCUGGGCUGCUGUGCCACCUUUAAGGAGCGGAGGAACCUGCUACGUCUGUACUUCAUCCUGCUCCUGAUCAUCUUUCUGCUGGAGAUCAUUGCAGGGGUCCUGGCCUACGUCUACUACCAGCAGCUGAACGCAGAGCUCAAGGAGAACCUCAAGAACACCAUGACCAAGCGGUACCACCAGCCGGGCCAUGAGGGCGUGACCAGUGCUGUGGACAAGCUGCAGCAGGAGUUUCACUGCUGUGGCAGCAACAACUCGCGGGACUGGCAGGACAGCGAGUGGAUCCGCUCGGCCGAGGCAGACAGACGAGUGGUCCCCGACAGCUGCUGCAAAACCGUGGUGCCUGGCUGUGGGCGGCGGGACCACGCCUCCAACAUUUACAAAGUGGAGGGUGGCUGCAUCACCAAGCUAGAGACCUUCAUCCAGGAGCACCUGAGGAUCAUCGGGGCCGUGGGCCUGGGUAUCGCCUGUGUGCAGGUGUUCGGCAUGCUCUUCACCUGCUGCCUGUACAAGAGCCUGAAGCUGGAGCACUACUGAGCACGCCCACGGGCGGCCGCCCUCCGCGUGUGCUGCAGCUUCUCGCGACGCAUUGACUACUGACACUGCGGUCCCGGAGGCGACUCUGCCCCCUCCCCUGCCGGAGGGACUGUUCUGCUGCCUGGGCCCCCCACCAGGCCAUCACCGUGCCCUCUGGGGACCCCCAAGCCCCAGAGGCUGCUUCAAGUGCCUUUAGCUACACACCAAAGUCCCAAGGCCUAAGGUCAGCCCCACCUAUCUGCUGGGCUGGGGGUUAACAAAGGCCCCCCUCCCACCGCCGUCUUCUUGGGGCUGAGGUCGUGGCCUUGGAAUGCUCCCUGAGGCCUGUGUCAGCUGGGGAGGAGGCCUCUGGGCCGGGCCUUGGCCGCCCCCCCGCCGACCGCCGGCUGCAGCCUCGCACUGCCUAGGUCGCCGCUGUCAGCUGUCCCCAGAGGCAGGACCCUGCGGGUUAUAGUCACUGCUGUGCUCCACGCCUAGGGCUGCUCCUACUACUUGACGGGCGCUCAAUAAACGUCUGUGGAACGGACGGCUGAGAUGA